UUCGGGUCGGGUGCUGGCAGUGGAGGCUCAAACUCUGCUUCAGGCAGCAACGAUGGCGGCAGCGGAUUGCCUCCACCCAAGGGCGACUACUACACUAGCCCUGAUCCCGGACCAAAGAGGGACGACGAUGUCAUUGAGUCGCCUCGGUCAAGCGCACCACAGAAGCCGCCGAAGAAUGGGCACGCUGGCGACGAGAACGCGCUGAUGGAGUUGACAAAGAAGCUGCUUGAGAUCCAGACCAUCCUGAGGACCGUGGAGAGCACGGAUCCAGGCCAGGACAAAAAGGUCAGCCCGCUGCAGCUACCGAGCAUUGUUGUCAUUGGGUCGCAGAGCUCGGGAAAGAGCUCGGUACUGGAGGCCAUUGUAGGACAGGAGUUUCUGCCUAAGGGUACCAACAUGGUGACGAGGCGCCCAAUCGAGCUGACACUUGUGAACACUCCUGACUCUGAUGAGGAGUACGGCGAGUUCCCCCAGCUUGGGCUAGAUCGGAUCCGCGAUUUCAAGCAGAUCCAGCGCACGCUACAUGAUUUGAACAUGUCGGUCCCUGAAUCCGAGUGCGUGUCAGAUAAGCCUGUUGAGCUGCGUAUCUACUCGCCACAUGUGCCCGACCUGCGUCUGGUUGACCUCCCGGGGUACAUUCAGGUGGUCAAUCGCAAGCAGCCGCCGGUGUUGCGCCAAAAGAUCCGCGACCUAUGCGAAGGCUACUUGAAGCAGCCCAAUAUCAUCCUGGCUGUGUGUGCAGCAGAUGUUGACCUGGCGAACUCCGAGGCAUUGAAGGCGAGCCGUCGCAAUGAUCCAUUGGGCAUGCGCACCAUUGGUGUUAUCACCAAGGUCGAUAUGGCAGAGCCUGAUAUGGCAGUCCAUAUGCUGACACAGAACGAGUAUCCGCUGCACCUAGGGUACAUUGGCGUGGUGUGCAAGCCAGUUCGUGAAAAGGCGGGCAAGUCCUCGCACGAGAUUGUGCUCUCCGAAGCACAAUACUUCCAGCGGCACGCCGAAUUCCGCCAGCCCGAGGUUCAGGUAGGCGUGGGCACGCUGCGGCGUAAGCUGGUGCGCGUUCUCGAAGAUAGCAUGCGGCGGAGCAUGUCGACUCUGGUGGAUGCGGUGCGCAGCGAGCUGGAGGAGACAAAGUACCAGAUCAAGGUGCAGUACAACGACGAAAGAGUCAGCCCCGAGUCGUACAUGGCUGAGAGCCUGGACACGCUGAAGCAGCGGUUCAAGGCGUUCCAGCAGCAGUUUGGCAAGCCGCAGUUGCGCUCUGAAGUACAAAAGUGGCUCGAGAGCCGCGUCAUGGACGUGUGCGCUGAGCUGUACUGGAGCGACCCCGAGAUCAAGCAGCUUAGCAACCAGUGGGACGAAGAUGACGAUGCGUUCUGGGACCACCGUCUGUCGCAGGCAUCGGCAUUGCUGACUAAGAGUGGCGUGGGCAGAUGGACAACGCAGAUGGUGGUCAAUCUUUUGAUGGACAGUGUAGCGUCAAUGGUGGAUGGCGAGCCAUUUGCCCACCAUCCGGAGACGCGUAAUGCAGUGCUGAACUUUAGCCAUGAGAUUCUGCGCAGCAAGUAUCAUUCGACGGUGGACCAGGUCGAGAACACGAUCAAACCGUUCAAGUACGAGGUCGAGGUUGAGCCGCACGAGUGGAAGAAGGCACUGCGUCGGUCGUCAUCUCUGAUCGAUAAUGAGAUGCGGCUGUGCCGCCAGUCGCUGGCCGAGAUCCGCUCGUCGACGCCCAAAAAGCAGCUGCAGCAAGCAAUGCAGUUUGUUAGGUCGGCGGAGAAGAGCGGCGUCGACCCGGUUGGUCAAGCAUCUGACAAUGAUGCUGUGGCGCCCGCCGAUGAAUUCGGGUACGCACAAUUCAGCCCGCGGCUGGUCCGGCGUGCGCAGCAGGCACUGAUGAUCCAGGAUCGCCUGACCAUCCUGCAUAUGCGCAGGAAGGCCUUGAACAGCUCUGCGUGCGCGUCCAUGGACAACAAGCGGUUCUGUCCCGAGGUGUUCCUGGAUGUAGUGGCCGAGAAGCUGGCGUAUAACGCCGUGCUGUUUAUUAAUUUCGAGCUCCUGCACGACUUCUUCUUCCAGUUCCCGCGCGAGCUGGACUCGAACCUGUACUACGGCAAGACGCUGGAGCAGACGCGCGAGUUUGCCUGCCAGAACCCAAGGGUUGGCAAGCAGCUGGCGCUGCUGGAGCGCCGCGCCAAGCUGGAGCUGGUGAUGGGCAGGCUGCGCGAGCUCGUGCGCCAGCAGACGGCGGCAGAGGAGCAGGCGACGCCGCUGAGGAGUGUGAGGAGAGGUGGGCCUGGGUUCCGUCCCUUUAAUGAGUUCUAGAGAUUCCUGUUUGGUACAAUAAGUACGUCUCAAAGAGACUUUUGCAUUGGG